AUGGGGCGUGUGAAAUUGGAGAUAAAAAGAAUAGAGAAUACCACAAAUCGACAAGUUACAUUCUCAAAACGUAGAAAUGGUCUCAUCAAGAAAGCAUAUGAGUUAUCCAUCCUUUGUGACAUUGAUAUUGCACUUAUCAUGUUCUCUCCCUCUGGUCGUCUCAACCAUUUCUCUGGCAAAAGGAGGAUUGAAGAUGUUUUCACACGUUACAUUAAUCUUCCUGAUCAAGAAAGAGAUAAUGCUGUAAAUUUUCCUGAGCCACACUAUGGCAGGUAUAUAUAUAACAAAGAGUAUUUGCUCCGGACCCUUCAACAAUUGAGGAAUGAGAAUGACAUAGCUCUUCAACUAGCCAAUCCGGGAGUCAUUAACUCUGAGAUUGAAGAACUCCAACAAGAAGUUAGUAGGCUACAUCAACAACUUCAACUGGCUGAAGACCAGAUAAGGGCAUAUGAACCCGAUCCAUUAAAGAUGACAUCUAUGGAGGAGCUGGAAUCUGGUGAAAAGAAUCUUAUGGAGACUUUGACUCGCGUCAUGCAAAGAAAGGAAUAUCUAUUGAGCAGCCAUUUGCCUACUUAUGAUCCAUCAACUAUUCAGGGGAUGGCAUCAACUUUUGAGAAUGUCGGAUGGUUGCAAAAUGGCACCCAAAACCACAACCAAAUAUUUGAUGCAUCUACUCCUUUGGAUCCACUCAGGGAUUUGCAAUCGUCAAUUUAUGAUCCAUUUCCACAAGGAACAAAUUCACAAAGCGAUACAAGAAACAUUGGAGAGUGUCACGUGACAAAUCAGAAUGACACGUGGCCUCAAGGAUACACGUUAUACUCUCAUAUGCAGCAUGAGAUGGUGGGACCUGACGUGUCCAAUAUGAUGACGACACAUGGACAAAUGAAUCUUCCAAUCACAGCCUCCAAUUUGCAACCAUCCAACAAUGAAGCCGGAGAAUAUGACUGUUCGAAAGAUGUGGUGGUAGAGCUAUUUGAUAUGCCACCUUCCUGA